CAGACAUAAAUGUUUUCUCUCAGUAGGUCCGUAAGGAUCAUGUGUCUAAAUGUAUGAUAAUAAAAGCGAUUCUGAAGGAGUUAGAAAAAUUGAUAUGCUUCCGACUGUUGCCAAGUUGACUAAGAUGCUAAUAAGAAUUAGAACCGAUACACACAAAUACUAUAACCAGUAUAAAGUUGUUGGAGAGAUUGGAAGGGGCCAAUUUGGUAAAGUAAAACUAUGUAUUGACGAGAGAGGAAACGCUUACGCAGUCAAAAUAUGUAGAAAACCGAGGAAAAGACAUUUCGGUAGUUUUGGAAAGGCUUACUUAGAAUCUAUAAAAAUGGAGAUUGAUAUAAUGAAAAAACUACAACAUCCUAACGUUGUACGAGUGUGGGAAGUGGUGGAUCUGCCACAAGAAUCUAAAGCAUAUAUGUUUAUGGACUAUUUGAGCCGCGGCUGCGUUAAUUAUAAAGAUGAAAAAGGGGAGCCUGUUUUAAGUAUUAAGGAGGCUCACAAAUAUUUUGGUCAUCUUGUUUCAGGAUUAAAAUAUUUGCAUGGGCUUGAAAUCAUCCACAGAGAUAUUAAGCCCGAAAACCUUUUACUUUCUGACAAUAAUAUCCUGAAAAUCGCAGAUUUCAACUCCGCACAACUUGCUGGGAAAAAGAUCAAGACGUCGGCUGGCACACCGGCCUUUUAUUCUCCGGAGUUGUGCAUUGCUGAUAACAAUACUCCAGUAACUUUUGCUGUGGAUAUUUGGGCUGCAGGAAUUUGCCUCUAUUUGUUCGUCUAUGGCCGGUUCCCCUUCGAUAUUCUCCACACUCAAGCCCACGAAUCAAGCUCUCUGGGGAGACUGCAUCACUGUAUUAUGAGCCGGCCACUUACCUUCCCGAAGUUUCGGAAGGCAAAUUCCCUCCUAAAGGAGCUUUUAAAGGGUCUGUUAAACAAGACGCCCCACUCUCGCCUCACCAUUGAAGAGGUUUCGAGUCGUCCGUGGGUUGUUCGUCAGCCAACAUGCGCUGAAGAGCUGACCGAUAAACGCUUCGAGUAUUUUUUUCCGCUGAAUAUUUGUCGAUAUUUAAAAUCGUUGUUCAUUAAAUUCCUUCGUAUUUUUUUACGUUGGAGGUAGAAUUCGGAGAGACUAUGAAAACUGCAGUAGAUGACAGUGUAGAAACAUUAAUAUGGGCUUCACUUGGAAAAAAGAAUA